AGAACACUGACGAAAUUAUGGGCCAACGUAAGCAAUUGAAAUCGAAAAGAUGCAAGGACCAUCCUGAUACAGCAUCAAUACCUUGCACAAGCCCAGGAAGCACUGAAACGUUGGUAAAAGGGGAACUUACAUCAAAUGAAAGUGGAACUGGUGAGUUGGGACAUAGCUCACCAUUAUGCGAAAACCAACGAAACGAAAAGUGUCACUUGAGAGGUAAACACCAAAUGAUUGCAUCUGAACAAGUAAAGGGAAAUGUUGCAAAAAACAUGGAAACCGACGAACUACAAACGGCUGAAUCGAACCUACUUCAAAGUUCUGGCACAAAAGCGGAACUGGACCUACCUCAAUGUUCUGCCACACAAGAGACUAUAUUACUAGCACAAUCAUCUGGGCAAGAUCAACCAAAAGAACAUUUGGGAACUGGCAACAAAGAACUCGGAGAGAAGGUUGAACAACAAGAAAAAGAAAAGGGUACUUCGGAAGAUGAUAAUUUAACAGUUCCAAGGUUUGAAGGUGGAGAAGCUGAAACGAAAAUUGAAAUAGUAGAUUUCGGUCAGGUGGAAUUGGGUGUACCGACCCUUUGGAAAUCAGAUCGAUUACAAACGAAGAACGAGGAAACAGCUGAAAAGCUCGACGAUUCGCUACAAUUGGCUGUAUUUGAUGGAAAUAAACCUGGGGGUGCCUUUGGACCAAACCCUAUCACAGAAGAAAAUGAAAAACUGAAACAAGAAAACGAAAAGCUGAAACAAGAAAUCGAAAUGCUAAAACAAGAAAAGGGUAGAACAAACGAAGUUAAAGUUAAAUCAGGUUUGCAACCCGUUGCAAUACCUUUAAUAAAGCGAAAUGGUUGUAUGCUACAAGAGGAUCAACAGAAGUUUAUUAGAAAAAUGCAGUUUCUUACUGAACAAUUAAAUCCAAGGGAUCUAAUUACCACGAUGUUUUCAAAGCUUCUUAUCAACGAAGAUGAAGCUGAAAAACUUAGGAUAAUACUUGAGAAUGAGGGCAGGAAAAUGUGUGCCGAGAAAAUGCUAUUGAUGUUAUUGAGAUGUGGCAAAUAUGCCUAUAGAAUUUUCCUGAAGUGUUUAGAACUAACAGGAUAUACGAAUGUUAUAAAGGAACUAGAACCAAACUGUGAAAUAUUUGAGGGUAAAUGUAAAUAUCCUGGACACCAGUAUGAUGAAUUGAUUGACAACAGACAUCCAAAGCGCGAAGAGUUUAUCAAAAAGAUAGAAGAAGAAUUACAAGAAAUAUACCCUUCAGCGGAUAUUUUGGGCAUUACAAACUUGACUGGGGGUUGUGUUCUGGUCACGUUCCAUCUGAUAUCACUAGGUUCAAGGACUGAAAGCGAACUUCGUGAAGUUUUAGAAUCAAAGGUGAAUUCUGGAUAUAUUGGUGAUAACAAAGUAUCGACAGAGGGAUUUUCAUUUAAGAAAAUCGAAGGAGACAAAGGUGAGGAAAUGAGCUCUGUCGGAAGUGUGGUUCAAGAUACGCAACUCAUAACCGAGCAAAACUUUAACCAACUACAAGGAAAGAUUGCUGAAUUGCAGGGGUUUAAUUUGAGAUUGCUACAACAUAUUGCUGAAUUAGAAACAGAACUUGAAGAAGCUGAGGUAAAAUCUAACAAAAGAAUGAUCGACCUUGAAAAUGAAAACCAAACCUUGAAAGAACAGAUUUGCGUGUUACAAGAACAACUACUUGGUCAACAGAGAAAAUCCGACGAAAAAGUGCCCGGAGCCACUGACAGUAGCCAUGACACGAAAACCACCCGUGGCAAAAGAAGGAGGAAACGAAAAGCUGAGGAAAAAUCUAACAAAAGAAUGAUCGACCUUGAAAAUGAAAACCAAACCUUGAAAGAACAGAUUUGCGUGUUACAAGAACAACUACUUGGUCAACAGAGAAAAUCCGACGAAAAAGUGCCCGCUGAGGAAAAAUCUAACAAAAGAAUGAUCGACCUUGAAAAUGAAAACCAAACCUUGAAAGAACAGAUUUGCGUGUUACAAGAACAACUACUUGGUCAACAGAGAAAAUCCGACGAAAAAGUGCCCGCUGAGGAAAAAUCUAACAAAAGAAUGAUCGACCUUGAAAAUGAAAACCAAACCUUGAAAGAACAGAUUUGCGUGUUACAAGAACAACUACUUGGUCAACAGAGAAAAUCCGACGAAAAAGUGCCCGUUGAUGUUAACAGUAUAGAAGUACCAGGUAUAUGCCGGCAUCGUUCACCCCCCAGGUCAGCCCCAUUUCCAGCUGGUGGAAUAUCACCUUAUAGCCCGAAUUAUCCAGCUUCCAGGUUAAAACCAUUUUCAGGGUCAACUGAGGAUCAAACAAACAUUACACAGGUGUCAGGUUUCGAUAUUGCAGCCGGAAGUCCAUCUUCUUUGGUCUACACGUCGCGCAGAAAAUUCAUUUCCGAGCCCGACAAUCCACCACCAUCACCGGAGUCGCCCGAUAGUGCGCCAAAGAAAACUAUAAUGUAAUUUUGUUUGCUACAACCGUACUGUGACAGCACUAAAUGCAGCCAGAUACCACAUCUAUUUUGUUUGUAUUACUAAGGCAACUUUGACUGAUUGUAUUGUUUAGAAUGGUGAGCUAAAUGUAUAUAUUUAAGAGACUGGGCACGCAAGUAUAUGUGUAUGUUUAAUGUAUAAUUAAUUACUGUU